UGCUGCACGCUCCACGAGGUAGAACGUAGAGACGACGUUAGGACGCACGACGUUACGCGCGCGGGCCUAGACUGGCGAACACGUAAGGCCCCCGUAAGGCCCAUUUCUCGCUCACCGUCCACGCAUCGGCGCGCCGCGUCGUCACGCGUCGAACACAACGAAAUUUCAGACUUUUCAAUCUCGAACGAAUUUUGUCACGAAAGAAAGGUGUUUUGUUUUCUCGGUUACUCUCGUAAAACGGAUUUACUCGCGAAACUUGACCUGUCUCUUUUUAGUAACUCGGCAACAAUCGGCUCGCGACUUCACUCACACGUUGAUAGUUGAAAAAGUUACAACACAUCUUCAACAAUAUAGACAUCGAUCUGUGCGUUUACACUGUUUUUCGAAAUAGUCUCAAAAGAAAUUUUUCGUUCGAUGAUGGAACACUCGGCAUAAGUCACGAUACCAUCUACGAGAUAUCCAAUCCAAUCAGAACGGAGAAGUGACGGAGUUUCUCUUUGGAGUGCACUGUCUGUCAAUCCUGACGAAGGCAAUUUUCAACUGCACAUGCCACAACCGACCGCGACUGAAGGAUCGCCGAUCGUUUCUUCGUCCAAAGUAACAGCCGAUUCAUCGAAGACUCCGCGACCUGUAGUCUCUCACCAAGACGACAACAUAUCAUCGCCCCCACCCGGGUGCACCACGCGUCCAGCCACGCGAUCAGCGGGAUCAGCGAUCCGGAAGGUUUCGCACGGCAACAGUGAUCAACGAGCCGGGUAUUCUUAAUGGACACCUGAUCCACGGUGAUUGACCACGUUUGUCUACCCGCAUCGAGCCACGGCAUUAACAGAAUGACACUGAUUUCGUCGGAAUUCUGAAGUCUUCUCGCGGGAUUUUAUUUCCACUCGAGAAAACUUCGAUUCCCGUUCCCGGGAUUUCAAUGACGCGCUUAGAAAAAUAUUUCUUUGAAAAUUAAAUAAUUCGGAAUUGCACGGUAGCGAGGUGAAUCGGUCGUAUCCAAGGGAGUUCGCGUCAGGUGGUGCUGUGACGAUUUGCACGUGUGGAACUGGUGCGGGUAUGAGAGACUGUUGUACGCGGUGCGACGGAAUACCUGAACGGUGAAGUGAGCCGCGGGGUGUUCAGUGAGCGCGCACUUGGAGAGACUUCAACGCUCGGCGAGAAGAUAAGCGAGGGAUAUAACCAAACGGCGAAAACGUCCGCGACGACGACCACGACGACAAGGCUAUUUGUAUUCAGGCAACGAGGAGUCGAUCAAACGCCUCGUCUAACUCGGCAAAGGUAUUGUCCGAGAUAAAAGAGGGUGGUAGGGAACGAGGGUUGGAAGCAGGGUGGCGUGCUAUGAUCAGCAUGGAGCUUCCGGUACACGCGACGCAGCAUGGUGCCCUACACUUGGGGGUCGGAGUCGGGGUCAAUCCGGGUGACCCAGCCGGAAGUACCUUAGCCGCCAUUCACUCGCAUCCCCAGGACCCUCUAGCUCUCCACCAUCACAAUCACAGCGCUGCAACUCCCGGAGGUAUGCAUGAGGACUCCAAGAAAAAACAUGACGGCGGCCACGGGAUGAACCAGGACGGUCACGGCGGAGUCAACCAGCUCGGCGGCGUCUUUGUGAACGGAAGGCCGCUACCGGAUGUAGUCAGGCAGAGGAUCGUCGAGCUCGCGCACAGCGGCGUCCGACCGUGCGACAUUUCCAGACAACUCAGGGUAUCUCACGGCUGUGUAUCUAAGAUAUUGUCGAGGUAUUACGAGACCGGUAGUUUCAAGGCCGGUGUCAUAGGAGGUUCCAAGCCGAAAGUCGCGACGCCGCCGGUCGUCGACGCGAUCGCCAAUUACAAGAGGGACAAUCCAACGAUGUUUGCGUGGGAGAUCAGAGAUAGAUUACUGGCCGAAGGCAUUUGCUCGCAGGACAACGUGCCAUCCGUCUCUUCCAUCAAUCGAAUCGUGAGGAACAAGGCGGCGGAGAAGGCGAAGCACGCGCAUCAGCAACAACAGGCGCAGCAGCAGCAAGGUCAGCAGCAAGGUCAGCCAGGAUCGGGCGGUUCUGUUUCUGUAAUAGCACAUGCACCUGCGACGGCGGCAGGUCAUCCCGCCGCCACCGCUCCCAAUGCCUACAGCAUCAGUGGCAUCCUGGGCAUCCCGGCGCAUCACCAGGAUCCCAAUGGCAACAGCAUCAAGAGGAAACGCAGCGUUGACGAUGACAAUCGCGACUUGAACGACCACGCCGAGAAUGAUCUAAAGAGGCAGAGAAGCAACUACAACGGCGAUCAGCUUUACUCGAACCUGUGGUCGAGUAAAUGGAGCAUCAAGGACGAGCACAAGCUCUUGAACGAGCUCGGCGGCGGCGGAGGCGGCGGUGCGACCGGCGGUACGAACGGCGGUGGAAACGGCGGCGGUGGUGGUGGUGGCGGUGGAGGCGGCAGUGGCAACGGUGGCGGAGGCGGCGGUGGNGGUGGCGGCGGCGGCGGCAGUUACUAUGAACACGGUGGAUUUCCCGGGAACGCUAUUGCCACCUCCGCCGAGCUGUACGACUCCCUGGGCACCAUCAGCACGAUGACGCAAGCGCAGACGCCCCAUCUUUACACUCCGCCCAUAGGGGGCACCAUAGCAGGUGGUACUUUGACGCCGCUCGCGCCACUGACGAUGCAAGAACUAAAAUUGAGCCAAACAUUGGACGGGGCUAACAUGUCUCCUUACCACACCACCGCAGAGAGCAGUACCGUCGCAGUAUCGUAUGUCGGGGUGGGGGCCGGUGGGGGCGAGCAAAGUCCUCCGAUUUCGUUGCAGAACGAGACAAACGCCACCCCCGCGGCCCCCAACACUCCCGGAGGGGAUCCCGGACUGACGGUCUUGCAGCCGCCAGUUUCUCAGCCCCAGGUAGCCUCUGCGAUACCGCCAUACUCGACGAUGCUCCCAAGUUUCGGACACUACGCCACCGGUGGCAGCGAUUACGCAUACAGCGCUGCGUAUUCUCAGUACUCGAGUGCGCCGUAUAGCGGCUACGGCUACGGGGCAGCGACAAGCGGGUUGCUCAACUCUACGUACUACUACUGUAACGGAGACACAUCCACCCAUACGUCGCAGCAGGGCGGUGGUUGCAACAGCGGUGGUCCAGAAAGCAGCGCCGACGUAGCCAGCCGUUCGCCUUUGGCGGCCACGAGAGCCAGCAGCGGUGCCAGCGCGGCCUCACCGACCGGAAGCGCCUGCACGAAGCCGGACCACACCUCCGCCACACCAACGGAUCUCUAUCUGGCUUGA